GUGCACUAAGACCCUGUUCAGUUCUGGCUGCCUGCUCCUCCCCCGGGCUUGUGGAUGUGAGCUCCGUGCAGACAGUGAGGGGGGGGGCGGCUGAAGUGUGUCCAUGGAGCGUGUAGCAGUCUGCAAUAGGAGCGGGCCCCUGUCCUUACUCCUGCUGCUGUCCUUGCUGCUAGAGGCCGGGGGCCAGUAUGAGAAGUACAGCUUGCGGAGUUUCCCAGAGAGGGAACUGGUUCCCCUGGACUCUGCGUACCGCUACUCCCAGGAGCAGAGCGCCGCCGCCAACUGGGCGGAAAGUAUUCGGUACCUGGAGCUGAGUCUCCGGCUCCACCGGCUGCUGAGAGACAGUCAGCUUCAUUGCCAGCGUAACUGUAGCCUGGGCCCAGCCGCCGAGCCCACCCUGAGCCCCGGCACCUUCAGCGAGCUCCGAGCCUUCGCCCAGAUCCUGAAGCGCGCUGUCUGCAUCAAGAAAUGCAAACAGUCCCUGGCUGUGUUCAGACUGCCGCCCCCGGACAAGGACACCCUGCAACAGUUUGAAAAGCGGGUUCCCUACAGAUACUUGGAGAAUGCUUAUUUCCAGAUUAAUAACCUGGAGAAAUCUAUUGCUGCUGCUUACACAUUCCUCCAAAAGAAUCCCAAAGACGCUGCAAUGCAGAAGAAAAUGGCUUAUUAUAAAACCAUCCCGGACAUUGAGACUUACCUUGUUGAUGUGGAAGCACGGGAACAUGAGACAUUGUUUCUGAAGGCUGUGAGGGCUUAUAACAUUGGGAAUUUCCGCAGCAGUAUAACCGACAUGGAGCAUGCACUCCCCGAGUAUUACAAAGCGUAUGAGGAAUGCAUCAGUGGCUGUGAAGAAUCAUGUGAUGUUACCGCAUUCAAGGACUUUUACCCAGCAGUGGCAGAUCAUUACGUAGAAACACUGAAAUGCAAAGUGAAAUGUGACCAGAAUUUAACUCCCAAUGUUGGUGGAUUCUUUGUGGAGAAGUUUGUUGCGACUAUGUAUCAUUACCUACAGUUUGCAUAUUACAAACUGAAUGAUAUUAAGAAUGCAGUACCUUGUGUAGCUACCUACAUGCUCUUUGACCCACAAGAUGAAAUCAUGAAGCAGAAUCUGGUGUAUUAUCGGUUUUAUCGGGAGCAGUGGGGUUUACAGGAGGAGGAUUUUCAACCUCGCAGUGAUGCUCAUCUCUAUUAUAACCAGACUCAGCAGCAGAUUCAGUUACUGGAAUUUGCAGAUACUUUCUUGCAGUCAGAUGACGAGAUGGAAGUGUCGGAUGAAGCAUUUUCCCAGAGUGAGGCAGAUAUAACUGAUGAAGAGUUUGAGGGAGAAGGUGACUUUGAGGAAGAUAUCCUUGCUGAUUGGUGGCAGCAGCCAAAACAGAAAGGAGAUUUGGACGAUGUAUCUGAUUAGAUGUGGACUGGACAACGUGCCCAAUACCUCAGACAUUAGUGUGUGCAUGUGUGAUGAUGGAAAUCAGUAUGACGGCGAAAGAAUACAAGUUGAGAGAGAAAUUUGUGUUUUAAUGUCUCUGCAAUCUUUACACUGGGUGGAAAGGAUAAGAUGUGAGAGAGAGAGUGUGCAAACAUCAGAGGUGCUUGGAAGAUGGAAGAAAAUGUUUUGAAAUGUCACUGGUUUUCUUAAAAUCUCAAUAUUAAUCAACCUCAGUGCCCACCUAUUUAUGUUUGUAGAGAAGUUGAGUAAUAAAAUACGAACAAAUUCCUGGAAAUAUUCAGCAGGCCUGGCAGCAUGCGCUAAGAGAGAAACAGAGUUAAUGUUUUAAGUUCCUUCAAUUAUGAAGAGUUAUAUUGGACUCAGAUAUCUGUUUCUCUCAGAAACUGCCUGAUCUGCUGAGUACUUGCUGUUUUUAUUUUAAAUUUCCAGCAGCUGCAGUAUUUUGCUUUUAUACGAGGAAUAAAAGAACCCCUUUCCCUAGUAUUCUUUCUGCAGCAGCUUUGUACCUAGCCCAUUGCUGUAAUCUGCUCUGUCCAAGCCUGUUACCUACAGAAUCUUGCAGCACAAAAUGAGGCCAUUCAACCCUAUUGUGUCUGUGUGUGCUGUUCAGAAGAGCUACCCAUUCAUCUCACAUCUUGUAGCACUAUAUAUUUUUCCCAUUCAGAUGUUUUUCCAAUUCCAUUUAGCAUUCAUGCCUGUUAGUCCCAGGCAGGUCACUUCCAUAUCAGUGACCUUUCACAAGAUAACAAACCUCGGGAGUUUAUCAUCGUUAGUGCUGGUGAGGACAUUUACUCACCCAGACCUGAGUAUUAAUGAGUUGCCUUUGGGAUACGUUUUCCUGCAAUAAACACUGAACUUUGAGCUCGUUUGUUACAAAUAAUUUUUUCUUUGACUGUCACUGUUUCCCGCUGUUGGGUCUGUCCUGGUAUAGCUGGGAACCUGGGCUGAAUGAGCUGAUGCAAAGAUGUUGAUGGCCCUGUAACUCUGUCAUUGAUCUCUGCAUGGUUUGCUUGUAGGUUAGUGAGUGAAAUCUGCACCUGUCCCUGGGAACAGGUGAGAAUGGGUUACCUUUAUCUCCCCUGUGCCAGUGUCUUUCUUUUUUUAAUAAAUUAAAAUCUUGAAAGAAAACACGCCGACAAUAUUUCCUGUUAAUGCCCUGGUGAUCUUCCUGCUGAGGUGUUGUUUCUUGCACUGACGUGGAAGUGUAUAGUCAGCAUGUGGAAACUGGGCAGCUCCUCGGGUGGAACAAACUGAGUUGUGAUGUGGGCUGUGAGCAACAUAGGAUCUUUCAAUUCUCUCACCUGUUCAGUCGGUGUGUUGGUGUUGGAUGGCUGCAGAGUAUAUAAUAAUUUAAUAAAAGUCAGAUUUUGUAUUUUAAAA